AUAAAAUAAAAUAAAAAUGACAACGACAAGAUCUUCUUCUUCUUUUUCACAAAAUAACAAGGAUAAAGUUCAGCAAGAACAAGAAAUUGAAGAAUCAACAAAUACCAAAGAAAUCUGUUUGAAUCAAGAAGAGAAUGAAGCUUCUGAUUUUUUAAUUACUACUUUAGAAAGUCACGGUGUUCAAAUGUCAGAUAUUAAAAGACUUCAAAGUGAGGGCUUCUAUACAAUUGAUUCUGUCGCUUAUACACCAAGAAAGGCAUUAAUUGCUAUUAAAGGUUUAUCAGAAGCAAAAGUAGAUAAAAUUAUUAAAGAAGUUCAUUCAAUUAUUAAUAUUGGAUUUACUACUGCACUUGAUAUACAAGCAAGAAGAAAUGAACUCAUUUUUAUUACAACAGGUUCAAAUGAUCUUGAUAAAUUAUUAGGAGGUGGUAUUGAAACUGGAUCUAUUACUGAGUUAUUUGGUGAAUUUCGAUGUGGUAAAACACAACUGUGUCAUACGUUAGCUGUUACAUGUCAGCUUUCUGCUGAAAGAGGAGGUGCAGAAGGAAAAUGUCUUUAUAUUGAUACAGAAGGGACUUUUAGACCUAAUCGAAUUUUAUCUAUUGCAGCAAGAUAUGAUUUAGAUACUGAGACUUGUUUAAAUAAUAUUGCUUAUGCUAGAGCUUAUAAUACAGAUCAUCAAACAUCUCUUUUAGUGCAAGCAGCUGCUAUGAUGUCAGAAACAAGAUUUGCUAUAGUAAUUAUCGAUAGUGCUAUAUCAUUAUAUCGUACCGACUUUAUUGGCCGUGGUGAGUUAUCUGCUAGACAAAUGCAUUUAGCAAGAUUCUUGCGUAACUUACAAAGAUUGGCGGAUGAGUUUGGUGUUGCUGUUGUAUUGACCAAUCAAAUGAUGGCUACCGUAGAUGGCGCCGCUUCCAUGUUUAAUGCGGAUCCUAAAAAGCCUACAGGAGGAAAUAUCAUGGCUCAUGCUUGUUGUACUCGUUUACAAUUAAAAAAGGGAAGAGGCGAAAAUCGUAUAUGCAAAAUUUAUGAUUCUCCUUCUUUACCAGAAAGCGAAGUUACUUUUCUAUUGGAGAAGAAGGAAUUAAAGAUGCAGAAGAUUAAAGCCCUUUUAUUUUUUUUUUAAAACAAUUUGCUCCAAAUAAUUAAUACAAUAAGAACAAUUAAAAUCAAAAUAAUAGCUGCAGUAAUUAAUUUGUUUGUCGCCAUUCUAUCAUAAAUAAAUAAAUAAAUAAAUAGUCUUUCUUUCUUUCUUCUUUUGCUU